AUGUUUACCAACGGGCCAUAUGUCAGUGCAUGCGCAUGCAGUUCACCGCACGUUUCUCACGUAAAUUUACUGCGCAUAAAUCUGAGGCAGGCGACAAUCCGGCGACGAACCAGAGAGACAGCAGAAAUAUUCUACAAAACACAUAAGGCUUAAUACAUGUAGUAACGAUCAACAAGAUAUUGUUAUAUCUGAGUCUGACAGACUACAUCCGUCGAAAUGGCCGAAGACGAAGCGAUUUUUGACCCGACGAUGAAGAAGAAAAAGAAGAAGAAGAAGAUGCCUUUUGAUCUGGAGGCAGCAUUAGAGGGCGGUGGGGACACACAGGAGAGCACAGAGGCACCUGAAAAGGAUGACACACCCAAGAACACAGACACAAACGAGACGGAGAAGAAAUCGGAAGAUAUGGACUUUGACUUGGACUUAAGCAUCAAAAAGAAGAAGAAAAAGAAGAAGACAUUCGAUAUGGAUGGGAUGGACGAUGCACUGGCUGAGAUAGAAAAUGCCGCCGAUGGUGAAACGCAAGAAGCAGCCAAGGAAUCUACACCAGCAGAGAUCAACGACUUUGAUGCAGAUUUAGACUUUGCCCUCACCAAGAAAAAGAAGAAAAAGAAAAAGCCUAAGCUGGAAGACUUGGAAGCAGAGGCGCUGGAAGGCAACAAUAAAGAAAAUGAGGAGAACUCUGAGAUGAAGGAUAAAAGCGGCACGACGUGGGCAGGGACAGAAAGAGACUACAUGUAUGAUGAGCUCCUUACGAGAGUCUUUGACAUCAUGAGGGCAAAGAACCCAGACAUGUGCACCGGUGAGAAGAAACGAUUCGUCAUGAAGCCACCUCAAGUUGUCAGGGUUGGGACGAAGAAAACCUCCUUUGUUAAUUUCACAGACGUCUGCAAAACGCUGCAUCGACCCACAGAGCACUUACUGUCCUUCCUCCUUGCUGAGAUGGGAACCAGCGGCUCCAUCGAUGGCAACAACCAGUUGAUUAUCAAGGGCCGUUUCACACAGAAGCAAGUGGAGAACGUCCUGCGAAGAUACAUCAAGGAAUAUGUCACCUGCCACACCUGCAGAUCCUCAGACACCUUCCUUCACAAAGAGAACCGUCUUUUCUUUCUCCAGUGCGAGACAUGUCAGUCUCGCUGUUCGGUUACCAGCAUCAAAUCUGGAUACCAGGCAGUCACAGCCAAACGAGCGCAGAUCAGAGCCAAAGCGAAUUAAUGGGGGAAGGGUGUGUAUGUAGGGGACAUGAGGUACGGAUAGGGAAUGUGUGGUCAAAACAUGAAGAGUGACUAAGGGUGGGGAAAACAAUUGCAAAAGUGAUUUUGGUUUGUUUUUUAUUUCGGACCUCAGAAUUAGGAAUUUCCCUUAAUGUGCUAUUUCUACCUUAAAUCGUACCCUUCAAAAUUGAUUUUAUUGAUUACCUAUUGGUUGUAUGUGUAACUUCUUUAAGUGAAUGUAUGUGUUUGGUUCUGCUUUUGCUCUCUGUUUUUCCUUGUAUUUUGCAUCAUUAACGACAGUGUAACAUCUGAAAUUUGAAUUUCCUUUCCAUGGUCUCGCGAACAGUAGAAAUUCUUCUUGCAGUUUCGAAUGUUCUCUUCUAAAAAAGAUCUCUGAGCUUAUUUAUCAGAAGAUUGUUUCUCUAACAAUUUGCUUUGUUCCAUUUGACAAGAAGCAUUGCGUACAAGUAUGGAUUGUAUACAUGUACUACACACACAUUACCAGAAGCCAGAUUUUGCAGAAAACUGCAAAUUGUGCAUUAUACAUAGGUGCAUAAUAUUGAUGUUUUAUGCAAAGUAUAGUAAGCCUUUUCAUGAUUAUUUCUUUUGUUUUCAUUUCUGCAAGACGGCACAAUAUUAGUAAGGCUGGUUGUCACUGUACACAAAUAUGACAAAAAGUGUUAUUGACGAUGAUUGCGAUGAUAGAGUUCACUGCUCUAUUAAUUAAAUUACCUUCGCUGUAAUUUUUGUACGACAAACGAACCAGCCGUUGUCGAGUGAAUUAGUAGAUAGCCUUGUGAAGAAAAUAAACCAAUGAAAUUAAUGAGGAAAAAAAUCACAAUGUAUUGAAGAAGGAGUGUGAUUAAUUUUGUUGUGAAAAUGUUUUGUGUAUUUGUCUCGCCAUUAAUCUUAACAAAAGCAUUGGAAAUUCAAGACUUUUUGUGAGCUAUACUUUUUUAAUAUCCAAGCUGUACGUAUAAUUCAUUCAUUACAAUAUUACUUCCAAAAAAUACUUUACAUUCAAAUCCAUUAUAUACCCUUUGGUUAUUAACAAUUAAAAAGAUAUAGAAGUCCGUUCCUAACAAGAGCGUAUGGCACUGUAGUCUGUUGUCAGUUUGGUUGCAAUUUUAACUGGUUAGAAAUUUUUCCAUUUUUUUCCUGUUAUGUUGAAAUGAAAAAAAAA